AUCAGACACGGGGCAUCCUCAGCACUGCUCAGGCCACCAAGAUGUCUGGCUUCACACUGCUCACUUUGCUCUUUGUGGGAAGCACCAUUACUUCCGCAUUCCUUCUGCCGCUUUCAGACUCUUCCUAUUCUGGUGAGUUUGGCGGAAGCGGAGGGAAACGCUUUUCGCAUGCCGGAAACCAAAUGGAAGGACCUAUCACUGCCUUGAGGGUCCGGGCGAAUCAAUACUACAUUGUGGGCCUCCAGUUCCGCUAUUGCCGCCAGUGGAGUGACUAUGUGGGUGGCACCGAUGGGGAGAUGGAGGAAAUCUUCCUCUAUGACGAUGAGGACAUCAUCCAAAUCACUGGAAGAUACGACAGCUAUAUCCAGAAUCUUGUGUUCAUCACCAACCAAAGGCGCAGCUUUGUCUUUGGAGCCUACAAUGGCUAUAGCUAUUACGGCUAUCGUGGCUUUACCUUCAAUGCAGUUCCACUUUAUAGAAGCGCGGUCUUACGUUACAUCAGUGGCCGGUCUGCUUCUUACAUAGACGCCUUGAGCUUCCACUGGGGCAAACCACACAAGAAAUCUAAGAAGUGUAGAAGUCACACAGUGUAUCAGAAGAAAUGAAAUACAAGUUAUUCAUAUUCACUGAAAGAGAGGCAAAGCAAGGAAAGGGUGUGCUAUAUUUGCAGGCAAUGCUUCGAGCUUUUGCUAUGUGCCACUAAUAAGCUAUAUCAGGAGUGAGCAAAUUGUGAUAGUCCAAAAUGGAGGGGGAUUGUGUUUUGGCCUAAUUGUAUAAGGGAAAUUAGGAUGCCUAUCCCAGGUUAAAACAACCACCUCAGUAGCUAAGAGGUGGUUGCCUAGUCUGCCAUUUCUAAUGUGUCUUCUUUUAUCAGACAACUUUCUUCCACCUUUCCAUCCACCAAACCACACAGUCCUUCUCUACCCACUUUUCCACAAUUUAAUUAUCUCUUUUCUCAACCAAAUCUGCCCCAAUCUUUUUAUGUUUCUUCAAAGCUCUCUAUGUCUUUAAGUGCUGAGCAAUAGUUUUGUUGACAAGCAAUAUCAAUCCAAUAAAAGCAUAUUUGA